GCGACAAAAUUGUUCUUGGUGUGGCAAAGAGCAAGUAAGGAGACGGAGCAUCUCCCCUGGAGACUCCUGCCUGGGCCUAGCCAGCGUGCCGGCGAUGCGCGGGUUUAAAAAAAACCAAAAUACUAGCAAAAAAGGACAACGUGGCGGCAGCACCGACACUGACGCCGCCGGUAACGCGGACGGGCUGCCCUGCUGCCACCACCAAGAUGGCGGCGCGGCGCGGCCGCCCCGCCCCCGCGGCGCCCUUUCCCUCCCUGGGCCGGCCGCGGCCGGCGGCCGCCGCGGUGGCUGCUGCCGCCGCUGCCUGUCGCCCUGUGAUGAGAGCAUCAGCCCUCACUGCCACGUCUCCCGGGCAGCUGCGGCGGCGGCAGCCGGCGGUGUGCAGGGCCGCGCCGGGGCGCCGAGACCGGGCUCGCCCGCCUCCUCUUCUGUGCUUUUCCCUUCCCCGCAGGGCGGCUGCGGCUGCUCGCCCUUGCUACUGCCCCGCCGCGGGGCGCCGGCGGGCAACGGCGAGGAGGGUCUGCCCGGCGGGAGGAGGGGCGCUCCGCGGGGCACCCGCCGUCGCAGCCUUGUCCCCCGCCGGCGGUCGGGGCUCGCCGCCUGGCCGCUGCCGCCGGAAGGGGACCCCGCUGCCGGCUGAUGUCCGAGCCGCGCUGCCGCCCGCGCUUGGAUGUACCUGGGAAGGCUUUGGGAUCGUUGUCUGGGUGUCAGGGCUCAGCCUGCCGGAGGCACUGGAAGUGGAUUGGUUCCUGGUCAUGCCCGGUGGAAGGAGGGGACCCAGCCGGCAGCAGCUAAGCCGUUCAGCUUUGCCUUCUCUCCAGACGCUGGUUGGUGGGAGCUGUGGAAACGGUACCGGUUUGAGAAACAGGAAUGGUAGUGCCAUCAGCCUCUCCGCACCUCCAAUCACAGCGCUGAUUACUCCAGAGCCUGUACGUCACUGCCGGAUCCCUGAACUGCCGUUGGAUGGGAGCCUUCUCUUUGAAUUCCUGUUCUUCAUCUACCUACUGGUAGCCCUCUUCAUUCAGUACAUCAACAUCUACAAGACUGUCUGGUGGUACCCGUACAAUCACCCUGCUUCCUGCACCUCACUGAAUUUUCACCUCAUUGACUACCACCUGGCGGCGUUCAUCACAGUGAUGCUGGCGCGGAGGCUGGUGUGGGCCCUCAUCUCUGAGGCCUCUCAGGUGGGGGCGACAUCAAUGAUUCACUACAUGGUGCGCCUGGUGCUGCUCACGCUCUGUGGAUGGGUGCUCUGCUGGACUUUGGUCAACCUCUUCCGCAGCCAUUCUGUUCUCAACCUUCUCUUCCUGGGCUACCCGUUUGGUGUCUACGUUCCUCUGUGCUGUUUCCACCAGGACAGCAGAGCACAGCCCCUACCUGCGGACUGUGGUUACUUGGUACAGGACCAGAUGGUGGAUGAUGGGACUUCAGCUGUCAGCAGCCUGGUCAAACCCAAAGAUUUCCUCUCACUUCUGUGGGAAUCCCUGAGAGAACAGUUCAAUAAUCCUACGUCUAUCCCCACCCACAGCUGCCCCCUUUCCCCAGAUCUCAUCCGCAAUGAGGUGGAGUGCCUAAAAGCAGACUUCAACCGCAGAAUCAAGGAAGUUCUCUUCAACUCUCUCUUCAGUGCCUACUACGUGGCAUUCCUGCCACUGUGUUUUGUGAAGAGCACCCAGUACUACGACAUGCGCUGGUCCUGUGAGCACCUCAUCAUGGUGUGGAUCAAUGCCUUUGUCAUGCUCACCACUCAGCUGCUGCCUCCCAAGUACUGUGACCUGCUCCACAGAUCAGCUGCCCACCUCGGCAAGUGGCAGAAACUAGAACAUGGUUCCUACAGCAAUGCUCCACAGCAUAUCUGGUCAGAAAACACAAUAUGGCCACAGGGAGUUCUGGUGCGACGUAGCCGAUGCCUCUAUAAAGCAGUUGGGCCUUACAACGUAGCAGUGCCUUCAGAUGUGUCCCAUGCCCGCUUUUACUUCCUUUUUCACCGUCCAUUACGGCUGCUCAACCUGCUGAUUCUCAUCGAAGGCAGCGUGGUCUGCUACCAGCUCUACUCACUGCUGCGCUCAGAGAAGUGGAACCAUACCCUCUCCAUGGCCCUCAUCCUCUUCUGCAAUUAUUAUGUCUUAUUUAAGCUCCUCCGGGACCGGAUAGUAUUAGGCAGGGCAUACUCUUACCCACUUAACAACUAUGGACUCAAGGCACACUAGGCCGGCCAAAUGUGUACCCCUUCUCUUUCCCUUCCCACAGGGCAGUGAGGGAACCUCAGAAAAAAAAAAUAUUUUCGUACAGUUCUAUUUUUUUCUUGCA